AUGGCAUCAAGCGCAGUAGCUACAUCAACUUCUAAUAGCGAUGAAACAAUUCAUCCAUCUACACAUCACAUUCCAGAUAAUGAAGGUGGAAUACAUUUCACACCACCACUCUAUCGACAACGUUAUUUGUUCACACUUGAUUUAAUUCAACAUGAUUCUAGUCUUCACUCAUUACUUGAUAUCGGUUGUGGUACAUGUCAAUUAUUAACCAUCGGUAAAUAUCGUAAUCCUCAUAUACAAUUAAUUGCUGCUAUUGAUAUAAUUCGAUAUCAACUGGAAGAAGGAUGCUUCAGAUUAAAACCAUUACCAGUUGAAUAUAUGAUAUUUCGUCGUGAAACUCCAUUGCAUAUGUAUGUAUUAUAUGGUGAUGCUACAAAAAUAUGUAAUUGUUUUUCACAAUUUGAUGUUGUUACACUGAUUGAAGUUAUUGAACAUUUAUAUUUAAAUGAUCUAGAGAAUCUAGUGAAACAUGUAUUUGGUUAUAUAUGUCCACGUCGUGUUAUUGUAACAACACCAAAUGCUGAUUUCAAUGUUCUUUUUCCACAAAUGAUCUGUGGGCAAUUUCGACAUGCUGAUCAUAAAUUUGAAUUUACUCGAGAUGAAUUUAAGAACUGGUCACAGAAAAUUGUUCAUACUUAUGAUUACAGAGUCGAAUUCAAUGGUGUUGGAGAAGCUCCAUUGAAUGAACAACAUCGGAACAUUGGCACGUGUACACAAAUAGCUAUUUUCUAUCGUAAACAUAAUCAUAUGAAAACACAUUUAACAUCAAGUGAAUUCUACCAACGUUUAUCCUGUUGUAAUCACCAUGAACUCAUUGGAUUUAUUGAUUAUCCAUUUGGUGUUCAACAAACUAUUGAACUUCAAGAACAAAUUCGAUACAUUCUUAAUAUGUAUCGUUUAAUGGCUGAAGAGAAAGCUCGUCACGGCGAUGAUAAUCAUGAUACAUAUCCAUUAACUGUUAACUGUCAAGCAAUAAUUAAUCAUCCUCGUUUAUUACAAUAUAAUCUAACAGUAGAAGAUUUAAAACACAUUAUUGAAAUUAUCGGUUAUAAAAUGCUUCAUAAUAAUCUGAUAAUACUUGCGGAAGAUCCAAUAACAUCAUGUACACACGAAGAUUAUCGUACGAAUGAUCAUGAUCAUAGAUCAACGAAUAAUCAAACUGAAAUAGUAAAACCUAACUAUCAGCAUAAGCAAAACGAAGAAUCUUGGGAUUGA